AUGUAUUUCACCUACGUCGUCCGUCCUGGUGAGGCGCCGGAAGGGCGCGGCCCGCAGUUGGAGCCGUUCUGGAACUUCAUGGUGAACUACAACCUGCGAUUUGGCCUGCUCCUUCAGUUGGCGGCGUACGUGGGCUUGUUGCUCACCAUUUCUGCUGGCGGCAACGACUCUCUCACGCUGCUCAGCUUUUUCCGCGCCAGCCCCGAGGCCGUCGGGCAGAGCCCUGUCUGGGCUGUCCAGAUCUGCUGCGGUCUGUUCAUCCUCGGCUCCCUGAUGACCAUGGCCUUCCAGUCUCUUGUCGAUGACGACAGCAGCAUCAAACAGUCACGCGGCUACCGCUCCGGCACCAAGUUCCUCCAGUUCGGCUCUUCCCUCGCUGUCUUUGGGUGGAUCCUGACUCUGCUGGUGUUCUACGCUGCGAACUACUACUUCGACGACCCGUGGAUGCAGAAGCAGCUCGGCGCCGGUUCCACGUGGAUCACUUUCUUCACUGCUCGCCUCUGCGACGCUUUCUCGUUGGUGUUCCUGGGUGCGGCAACUUUUUUCCUUGAGGUCUACCACUCCGAAGGUGCGGGUGAAGCCUGGGGCUGGUUCUGUGCCAUCUGCUUCAAGCUCACUGCCCUCACAGAGGUCAUUGGCUUGACCGCCUUCGGCUCAGAGAACUUCAAGGUCGUCGAUGCCAUCUUCACCAUCAUGCUCGGUGUCUCUCUCUCUCUGGGUCUCGUCUGGGCUCUCAUCUUCGAGCCUGUCUCCCACCGCUUUGACGUCAAGUCGACUCAGUCGGCUAUGAGAAACGAGUACUACAAGUCCCGCAACGCCAUGGCGUACUACGGACCUGCUGUCGUGAACGCCGACGGUGAAGUCGACAUCGCCGCAGCCGCCGAGCAAGCCCAGGCCUGCCUUGCUUGCAGAGGCUAG